AUGAAGAACCACCACCAAACCUGGCCGUGCAUAUCCUCUUCCUCCCCCUUCACCUCUCUCCCUCUCCCAAAACUAACCGCUUCCGAAUCAUCCCCCGCAUAUUCCUUCCGUUCCGUCCGUCUCUGCUCCCGUCCACCGCCGUCUAAACCUCCUCCAUCCCCCUCCUUAGAAACCAAUUUCUCCUCUCUCCCGUACGAUGUUCUGACCAAAAUCGGAGCCUCCUUCGACCAACCGAACCUCCAAUCAGCGUCGCUGGUAUGCCGGUCAUGGUGCGAGGCGCUACGGCCGUUGAGAGAGGCGAUGGUGAUGCUUAUGUGGGGGAAACGGUUCAAACACGGAAAGGGAGGAGUUUGUCGGAAUAUGGAGAAGGCGCUUGAUAUGUUCACGAAAGCAGCUGCUCGUGGCUCCGCUCUUGCUAUGGUGGAUGCUGGUCUUAUUUAUUGGGAGACAGGACAGAAGGUUAAGGCUCUUGAUUUUUAUCUCAUGGCUGCUCAUCUUGGAAAUCCUUCUGCUCAGUGUAAUUUAGGGAUUUCGUAUCUUCAAGUUGAACCUCCAAACACUGAGCAAGCUUUGAAAUGGUUAUAUAAAGCUUCCAAAGGUGGGAAUGUCCGUGCCCAAUACCAGCUUGCUCUUUUUCUUCAUCGAGAUGGUGGAAGUAGAAGCAAUAUAAGAGAAGCUGUUAAGUGGUAUAUGAAAGCUGCAGAAGGCGGGUAUGUGCGUGCUAUGUACAAUACAUCCUUAUGCUACUCUUUAGGGGAAGGAAUGGCACGCAAUCAUCAAAUAGCAAGAAAGUGGAUGAAGCGGGCUGCUGAUCGUGGUCAUAGUAAAGCUCAAUUUGAGCACGGACUUGCUCUUUAUUCUGAUGGAGACAUGAUAAAGGCUUUGGUGUACUUGGAACUUGCUAGCCGUGCUGGUGAAAAGGGUGCUGCUCGAGUCAAGAAUGUAAUCGUUCACCGCCUUUCUGCUGCUUCACAAAAUCAUGCCAUGCAUCUAGCUAAUAGUUGGCGGGCUUUGCCAUCAAAUUGA